UUUUGUCACUUCCUCUUCAGGGAGAGUCCUUACAUGGACGCUGUGUGUCUCAAUCUCGAUUUAAAAUCGAUAUGUUACUUAAAGAUAGAUUGAAUAACAGUGUAAAUAACAGUAUAGUUAUUUUGAAGAUGUUGCUCGGAUGUCGCUGCGCGCUGUUCGUCGCGUUGAUCUGCGCCGUUUCAGGUGUCAGUGCUCAGUAUGUGAAGGUGGGCGGUGAAGUUAGAUUUAAACCGAACCCUACACUAUCAUCUGGCAGCACCAUUACCUGGAAGUUCAAGGCAGUUAGUGGGAGUGUGUUUCGAGUGAUUGAAUUUGAUCACGGCGAAUCUUCAACUCCUCAGAAUCCUCUCUUUAAAGACAAUGCAGAAGCAGACAAGAACAAUGGAGAACUGACUUUAAAAAAAUUAACGAAGGACCACAGUGGUCUCUAUUACUUUGAGAUCAACAGCAAAGAGCAAGCGCAGAAAUUCACAUUGAAUGUUUUGGAGGAAGUCCAACAACCAGAGCUGCAACUAACGCCCGCAAGUGAUCCAAACGUGGCCAUGUACUUAGAAUGCCAAUAUGAGGCAACAAUCAUCUGGAAAUGUACUAAUAAAGAUACCCCGGGAGCUGGAUCACUAAAUGGCCAGAAAAUAGGAGAGUCCAUAAUAUUUGAAAGAACUAGGAAUCCAGACGCCUGCUGCACGUGUACACUAAAGAACGAAGUGAGCGAGAAAACCAGCCUACCGAUGUGUGAGAGAGAUAUCUUUCCUGAAGAAUCAAACGCAGGACUUGUUGCGGGGAUUUUAUCAGCUCUCAUCCUCAUCCUCAUCCUUAUAUGUGUCUUCAUUGCCCUGUACCUGUGCUGGGAUUCCUUUCACGAUGAUGUUCAUCGGAAAUGUGGAGCAGUACUUUGUCUGGGGGCAAUGUUGGGUGUUCUGGAUCAUUGCAGAAAUGUGAUGAAACCUCCACCGGCUGACGAACAUGCAGAUAUGACAACUGUUUAUCAAGAAGUAAAUAGAAAUAAGGAGAACAACGGAGAAGGGGAGCAUCUUAAUGGCCCACGUAACACUUAUGAAGAAAUGAAUGCACCACAGCAACCCGGUCCAACCACGGCUCUUAAACACGAGGAGAAAGCUGUUGCAGAAGGUUAAGACAAUAUUUGAG